AUGCCAUCCACAACGGAGGUUAUCAUUCCAUGCGGCGAUUUCUCCCUAGAAACUGCUAUGGCCUUGGCAUUACUUAGUUUUGUCUUGCGGGAGCAUACCAUUGUGCCGUUGGAUGAAACGAGUACGCAAUUUUCGCAAAUGCUACACACCUACAAACACACACAGAACACAAUUUUGAUUGGACUCGGAGGAGAUUACGUACCGCAACAGGGAGUCUUCCAUUGGACUCCAGAAAUCAAAUCAAACCACCCGCAAAAUAGCAAUAGUAACUCGAACGGUAGAAAGAAGAAAGGUAAUGGUCACCGACUUAAGAAUCAAAACUCUGCUCCACAAAACUUUUAUUUCAAUAAUACAAAAAGGGGCAAAGUUGUGCCGCUGGCAACUGUUGGACUCGUAUACAGAUUUUACGGGAAAGAAGUACUUAAAAAAAUCACCAAUUUCUCAGAUUCUUCUAAGAUAAACUGGCUCUAUGAACGAGCGUAUUAUGAUUUUAUAGAAAUCAUAGACGCACAAACAAGGAAUUUACGUCUUUCGAACAAACAUGAGUCAACACGACCCGCUGUUCCAAGGUUUAACGCUGACCAACAUACGCUUCCAAACAUGGUAAAGUUUUAUAACUUGCAGUUACAUGACUACGAAUUGUUGAACUACGAUGAAACCGAGAUAUAUGCACUUCGUAUGAAGCGUCUUGAAACUGUAAUAGAUAUUUUGAAAUCUGCUUUUGAAAAUUAUGUGAAAUAUUUUGCGUUCUCUUUUAUGCGUGGUGAGUCUAUACUCCAACAAGCCUAUAAUGCUUCACUUUCCGGAGAAACUUAUGGUACAUAUCAUGAUGAGAUUGUAGUUGAAGACCCUUCAUUGAUUACAAAGAAACUCGUGCAAGAUGCAUUGAAGAGAAUCAUGAUCAUUCCCGAAUUUAUACCUUGGAAAGAGCACCUUUUUGCGUAUGAGAGAAGUUUGGACAGAAUGGGCAAUUCUCUAUAUGCUAUAUAUCCAGACUCUACCCAAAACUGGAGGUUAGCUGCAGUGCCAACCCUGCCAGCUUCAUUUGAGUCAAGGAAAAGGUUACCACAGGAGUGGUGUGGCCUAGCCGACGGAGAGUUGAGAGAUGUGGCUGGGGUUGAUGACGCAACGUUUGUACAUGCUCAAGGGUUUAUUGCUGGGGCGAGUUCACUACUCGGAUGUAUCAAACUGGCUGUCAAAGCGGUUUUGAAUAACCAAAAAGAAAAUAUUUGA